AACUCGACCUGGGCUCACUCGUUCACUCUAUUGUUGACUGACAGCUAAGCAAGCAGCACGCGAGCCUCUUCGAGUGGACUCUGCCCAACAAAGGCUGAAGAACCACCGUCCCGGGAGCCACAGCAGAGCACCUCUCCUGGGGGACCGCGGCGAAUAAAAGAUCCGCCGUCCCCCACGCUUCUCCCCAAGCACCCAACGUCAAUCCGCUUUACCUUGCGGCGCUGCACGCUCCCGCAGCAGUUGCAGCGAAAGCCCGAGGUCCGGUUGGUUGUGCUCGCCAGCUUCAUGCCUAUCAGAAGGGAGCCCGCCGGAGUCACAAGGAGGAGGAGGAACGACGGCGGCAACAACUCAGGCUGCUCAGAGCGUUCGACCACUUCCUCCCUCCCUCCCUGCCCUCGGCCGGCUUCUUUUGGGUAGGGGUAGUAGCAGCAAGCCGACGCUUUAAGAGGAAAAAAGAGGACGGGUGAGGAUGCCCAGGCUCAACACAAACAAGGCCAGCAGAGCCCGCCCCCUUUGCCUGCGGCCCACCAAUGGCCAGGAAGCAGAGGGCCUCGCGGGCACGGAAUCUGUACCUGGAAAGGGGCGGAGGGGUGUCCCGGGAGAAGAGCUCUUGGAUUGACGCCCCUCCCCGCGACCCUGAGCCAACUGGGAGGGUAGUUCUCGACUAACAUCCUAUUCCUUUCUCGAGUCUCACUUAGCAGAAAAAGAAAAACAGCUGCUGGGCUUUUCUAACGAGGACAGCCAUGACGUCCGAGCUACAGACAGCAAGGUCCGGGCUCAGCCGGCGGUGCCCUCCGCGAAGAGCAGCGGCGGCAACGGCGGUGGUGGAGACCAAGAUCAUCUACCAUCUGGACAACCAGGAGAAGCAGUACCUGGUGAAGCUGCUCAUCCCGGCUGAGCGGGUGACACUGGGCGACUUCAAGGCGCUCCUCAACCGGCCCAACUACAAGUUCUACUUCAAGUCUACGGACGAUGAUUUCGGGCAAGAAUCAGAUGGUGUUAGUGAGCAAAUCCUUUACAACAGCUGCUCAAUGUUUGAGGACUAAAAUUCCUGGAGUGGCAGUGCUACAUCUUAAGGACAGAUUAUCUCCAGGCCUGUAAAGAACCUUGUUUUUUAAACAAUGUUAAUGUUUUGUUGUUUGAAUUUCUGUGCACUGUAUUCUUUUCUGAUGUGUAUUUUGUAUUUGUGUUUAUUUUAUUUUUUUGUGAGCCGCCUUGAGGGCCUUCGGCCAAAAGGCGGCAUAGAAAUAGAAUGAAUGAAUAAAUAAAUAAAUAUACUUUAAUUGCUGUAAACCGCCCAGAGAGCUUUGGUUAUGGGGCGGUACAUAAAUAAAUAAAUAAAUAAAUACACACACACACACACACACACACACACACUGUUGAGACUAUCCCGGAUCUUAAAAUUUUACCUAUAUUUUUAGGCAACUGUGUGGGUAGCAACUUAAAAAAACAGAAAUCAAGAUAGCCAGUAUGAUCAGAGUAACAUAUGCUAAAACCUUCACACAUCCACCCCCACCCCUAUUGUUGUCUUAGCCCUGGUUGAAGCUGCCUCAAUUUGUUUGAGGCCUCCUACAUAGACAAGCUGUUUUCUGACAGCUUAUCAGGAACAGUUAAGUGACUAAACUUCACAGAGCGGCUUUGUACAUUACAAAAAUGAACACAGAAGACAUUGAAUGCAGAAAGUGGCAUGAAAUCUGUAUAUAUUCAGCCAUAUACUUAAAUCCAAACUUUGUGGGUUUAAAUCAUGCAUAUUUUGCUGGUAGUCUCCUGCUCAUCAGAAGGGAAGGUUUCCCUUUUUAUUCCAAACCCAGGGUAGUAGUAGAUGGAAGGAAAUGCGAAUAGGAGACAGGAUCCUAUUCUCUCCUAUUCAAAAUACAGGAACAGACUAUGGGGGAUAUAUUACCUGCCACUCACUCUCCUAAAGUAGAUGCUUUGGAGUUUCCGUUUUUUUGAGAGGGUAAAGGGGCUGGAGAGUAUAAAUUGUCAUUUUAAUCAUUUUUGGUGCAAAAUUUGUUUCCUUGCCCCAGAAGCUAAAUCUAGAUAAAACAGAGGAAUUAUGUGUGCCAUAUUCACAGGUCCAUGAGGUGCAGAGAGGGCCUGUUCUGGACAGAGUUGCAUUCAUCUGGACGAAACAGAUAUGUAGCUUGGGGGUACUCCUUGAUUCAUCAUUGUCACUUAAGGUCCAAGUAGCUUCAGUAGCUAGGAGUGCCUAUUUCCAGAUCUGUCUGGUACAACAGCUCCUUCUGGAAGGGAAUAACUUAGUCACUAUACUCCAUGCUCUGGUAACCUUCAGAUUAUAUUGUUGCAAUGGGCUCUACAUGAGGCUUACCCUGAAGAUGGUCCAGAGGCUGCAACUAGUGCAGAAUAUGGUAGCUCAGGUCUUGGCUGGGACAUAGCCCAGCACAGCCUGCCACAGGCCCCCACCUCCUCUCUGUGUGUGUGCACCUAUGUGCACACUUAAAUAUACCCACUUGCACCACCUUGCGCAUCAGCAUGCAUGCCUGCUAUCACCCAAGAUGGCAGCAGGGACAUGUUGAUGCUCCCGCCGCCAUCUUGGGUGAUGGCAGACAUUCCACGUGUAAGGUGAACUGACUGGGAGUAUUUAAGUGCGCACCAGCUACAUGCAUGUGGGGGUGAUGUUGGCUGGGAGAGCGGAGCUCCUGGUCCCCAAUCCAUGCCACCAUCCAGGCAUGGGCCACGACCCAAUGCUGGUGGGUAUCACGGAGCGGGAGCUCCACCCUCCCAGCCACAGGGCCCUUCAACUAGCGGCAGGGGCCCUCAGCCAGUGCCUGUCCUGGCCACCCGCUGGUGCUGGGCUGCUGGGGCAUUGUCAGGACAAGCCUAACACUUGUCCUGAAGUCGCUGCACUGGUUUUCAACUAGCUUCCAAGUCCAAUUCAAGGUGCUCACCUUUGUGUUUAAAGCCCCAAAUGAUAUUGGCCCCAAAUACCUGCAAGAGCACCUCCUCCCUAUAAGCCAGUCAGGAUUUGCAGGACAGAGUCUUCUUAUUGUCUCCCUUGGAGGUACCCUCCCUACAGAGGUGUGUCAGAUGGUAUCUCUCUAUAGCUUUAAGCGGUCAUUGAAGAUGAACUUCUUUGCCUUGGCUUUUGAUAGUUGAACUGUUGUUAGUGUCCCCCUAUAUAUCACCUAGAUAACCCAUCCUGGGACAUUACAGUGAAAGGCAGGUAAUAAAUAUAAUAAAAACAGACUGUGCUAUGGUGUGAAAAAAGAGUUUAAGUAGUUAAAAGUCUGGGAUUAAGUUUGAAAUACUUAUAUUUCAUGUAUCCAAAGCUAGGAUGUUUUUGUGUAUUUUUUAUGAAUUACAUGUCUUGUCUGAAUGUGUCAAUAUUAUACUGUAUUUUUACUUAUGCUUUUAGAUGUGCUGUAAGUUGCUUGGAGACCCUUGGCCUGUGAUAAAAUAACUCUGCUACCAAUGUUCAGUUUGCAAGAGCUCUAGUAUAGCAGAUGGGUCACAGCUGUGAAUAUGGGGCUAAAAUGAAAAAAAUAAAACAAAAUAAAGAUGUGUUGCAUUUUAGUCAUAUGCAACCCACACUAUUCACUUAUGGGGGAGCCAGUUCUUAAGUAUAAAUAGUUCAUUUAAAGGGCAUGAAAAUUUAAAUUUUCCUGAAUUUUUUAAAGAUUUUAAGCUUGCUAUGUAGAAAGUUAUUUUGAGCUUGUCAGCUAUAAGUAAUAUUGUAAACAUGGAGAUUAAUGGGAAAGUGUGUGGUUAAGGUGAGAAGCAAAGAGCUCCUAUGCACAGUGAUUUCCUAAACUGGUCCUUUUUUAUGUCUAGGUAUCAACAGUAGACAGGCAAACAGAAAUGGUGUUUCAUGACAUAUUUACAGAUUAAGUAACUGUUUUUAAAGUGACUUCUAUGUAGCUACAUGACUAAAAAAUGAUCAAAAGAACACAUAGGCUGAAGUUGGUGAACUGAAAGUUAGCAAAGAAAUUUCCAAUUGUUCUCCAAAACGGAAGACUGAAGCA